AGACGUAUAUUUCUCGAGCGCAACAGCACGCCAGAGCAAUCUCGCUUACUUGUGAAAACGUCGGACGACCAUGAACUUGGACUCGGCCGAAGAAAACGCGUCACAUGUGACAACCCACGCAUGAACGAUCGGGAUGGAACCUGAGCCGGAGCCGCAGGUAAACUCCCCAGCAGUGCUCAUAAACAGCGAGGGACUCUAUGUUAUCAUCGCUGUGCUUGGAGUUUCCAUCCUGGGCUGCGCAUGCGUCCUCACCUACUCGUUUACCAACUACAACAAGCUUAAAAAGAACGCCGAGGAGGUCCGCAACUUCAUCGCCUCGAGAACCAAACUAAAUGAAAUAGCUGGUGCUGGGAGCAAAGAGCAGCUCAAGCGCCAACAGCCUGCCGAACACGUCAAGGCACCAUCUCCAAUACCGCCUGCUUCUGUCGUAAACAUUGAGCGCCAGCCAGGAGCAUCAGCUACAGUUUCGAAUAAGACAUACGCCUUGGUGGACCGACAGGAAGCACCAGUGGGUUCCGAACAGCAGCUUUCCUCCAGAGAUGGCAACCACUCAGCAGCGGCGCUUGUGGAAGCAGCAUGAUGGGGGCCCCGCGUUUAGGGUUGACAAAGGAAAUUGCGGGCGAACGACGCUGUAAUGCUGUACCGACCGACCGCGGUAGCUGGGUAAACAUUUCCUUCUUCUCUUUUUUUUCUGUGGCGCGAACGAAGCUGGAACUCGCAGUGUGUUCGUACAUUAGGUACGCCCCAGCGAAGUGUGGAUUGCAUGUGAGCGAAGUAUGUUUGACUAGGGAUAAUAAAUCAUGCACAGGAACGGUUCUUUCCUGCAAUCAUGAUUGAAGAAACA